AUGUCAUUUCUGGUAACAGCGACGGGUCAUGGGACCUCGCCUCGUCCACUCGAUCCAACCACGCUGCGAUCCUUGGAACAUUCAACACGAUUGGAUGUAAAUGCGUCUGUUAUGGAUGAAUUAUUACGUAAGUAUCUAGAAACAAGAGGGUACAAUGUCACUAAAGGAGAGACACGGCAACAUCAAGUCACAGAAGAGGAGCGACGACGACUGGUGGGUGAAGAGACGGGACAAAUUGAAGAUGUAACUCUUGCUACAUACGCUCAACAUUUAGGGUUGACAACUCUGGCGUGUACUGCCAAUCAUCUGUUGUUCUAUGGAUUAACAGAUGGUAAUCCUGAAACCUAUGAUGAAGCAUAUCAAAAACUCAUGGACUGGAUCUGCAAUUCAUUAGAUAUGUAUCGCAAGGAAUUACAUGCCGUGGUAUUUCCUGUCUUUGUCCAUUGCUAUCUCGAGCUGCUGUCAAAGGGUUUUCUUGAAGCGGGCAGAUGUUUCUUUUAUCGUCAUGCACGUGAUCAUACGAGAUUGCACUUGGAAGAGCUUCGAAUUCUCAGUCUUGUGUUUUCUCUGCAGCAGUUACGAGAAAAUGAAUAUGUGCGCGAAGUUCUUCAUAGCAAAUUCAAUGUGGAGAUGAGUUUGCUAUCUUUUGAGCUACUCAAUACCUUUUUGAGUCAGGAACGGCUUUUUCUAUUGUUGUCAAUCGUCAAUGAACGUGUCAAUCUUGUGGUGACAUCAAAUCAACCGGGAAUACAGAUUCAACAGCUACAAGAUGCUUCUAUACCAGGCGUACUAAAUAAUUUGGAACCCAAGGAUGAUGCAGCUAGUGGAUUCAGGGACUCGAAUGAGCUUGAAUUGGCUGUUGCUACAUCCAACCACCCAAGUGAAAGUGAAAUUGCUAUGCCGCUGACAACAGGUCCCUAUGAUGUAGACUAUAUGGUACGUACUGCUCAUGGCAACACUGCUGCAACUAUUGCAAGCAUGGGCUACACAGUGCAGGAUCUGAAUGCUGUCCCUGUCAAGUGGGGAGUUUUUCCUGAACGCAAAGUGCAUGACCCCUCUACAGAGGAAGUAGAUGAUAGCGCUGCAACGGGAAAAGAUGGCAGUGUAUCUACCAACGGUGUCGCGGGGAGUGUCGUAGCGAGUGGUUCGAUUGCAGGUAAUGAAUCUGGAGGAGCCGAUGGCGACAAAAAGACUGGUGCUGACAGCGCAAAGGAUAAAGGCAAGGCAUCUGCUGCUUCUACAGAUGUGCACCGCAAACACAAACGUACAAGGCUGUCAGAUGAUGACAUGGCAGGCAUGAAGAAGGAAUUACUGGAGGAGAUUGGACCACUUCCGGAUCGAAAGAAUGCGUUUAAUACGGGUGUGCUGGAGAAACUUGUGCUACGUAUUCCUGCUAAUAUGAAGGAGCAUAUUCUCGAGGAUAUCCGGGUUCGUGCACCUGUAAGCCGUAGUGUACUUCCAUCGGCCUUGUGCUUUACCUUGCUGAAUUCAGCAACGCACGUCAACAAUAUGUGCUUCAGUGACGAUGUCACCAUGGUGGGUGCUGCCUGCGAUGAUGCCUCCUUUCGAGUUUGGCGCAACGACGAUCAGCCGCUUGGAACUGCUACAGGAUCUGCAUACCAGGGCAACGCACGACCGUUUCACACUGACGCAGAGGAAGAUGAAAAAAUGGCCGUACUUCGAGGCCACUCGGCUGCUAUCUAUGGCGCAAGCUUUUCACCUGACAACCGAUUUGCUCUCACAGCGUCAGCAGACUCGACAGUGCGACUGUGGAGUAUGGCAGCGAAGAGCAACUUGGUUGUGUAUCGGUCUCAUCACGGAUAUCCGGUGUGGGAUGUCACCUUCGCGCCACUCGGAUACUAUUUUGCGACCUGUUCGAUGGACCGGACUGCACGGCUUUGGAGUACGGAUCACGUGACACCAUUGCGCGUUUUUGCUGGUCAUUUAUCGGAUGUAGAUUGUGUGCGUUUUCACCCGAAUCACAACUACUUGGCCACGGGCUCCAGCGACAAAACCGUACGGUUGUGGGACGUGCAGUCUGGCAAAUGUGUCCGUGUAUUUACGGGCCACUUUCGUGGAGUGCAGUGCCUUGCGUUCUCGCGCAACGGCCGGUAUCUCGCAAGUUCAGGGGAAGACCAGUACAUUAACAUUUGGGACCUGCAAGCUGGUAAGCGUUUAGAAACCCUCAUGGGCCAUAAGGCCAUGGUCACUUCACUGGAUUUUAGCCAGGAGAGCACGAUUCUAGCAAGCAGCGGGAUGGACUCUACUGUGCGCCUUUGGGAUAUGAAGGCACUUACUGAGAAGCCGUCGACGUAUUCAGCACUUUCAGGGGCUAUGAAAGAUUUGCACAUGAGUUGUUCAGAUGCAGACGUGCGACACAGCACUCAACUACCUGGUCGAAGCCGGUUUGUAAAACCGGUGCCGAUGGUACGGCCGGGAGCAGUGCAGGAGCUGCCGUCCUCACGGUUCCUCUUGAAGACACUGCGCUCUAAGCAAACGCCGAUGUACCGUGUCCACUUCACACCGCGCAACCUGCUGCUUGCUGGCGGAAUUUUCCAGUCCAAAAUGAGACAUAGCGAGCUGUAG